UAUGUCUAAGAUUGUUUAAAUUAACUAAUAACGUAGGUACUAUGACAUUUUAGCAGGUAAAAUAUUAAACCAUUUAUUAAAUCUAAAUUAAAUACUUGUACAUUUCUUUUUAAAUAUAAAUUUGAAGAGAAAAUAAUUAACAGACUUAAAAAUGUCGGGCACUCAAGGAGAAGAAAAGAAAGAAGAAAAGAAAGUUACAGAAAUGGGUUUUACGCCAACUCCACGACCCGGUGGUUUUUUGAAAAUCAAAUUAGAUGUGAAAGAGAAAAAGAAUAAAGUACUCCAAUUCGAUCAAUACCAAAAUAUCAUAAGCCGAGUAGAGGAUAUGGAAAAGAAUAAAUUUAAGACUGAAAAGUCUGUCGUUAAAAACCCAGUAGCACCAACAAUAACACCGAUAAGAAGUUUAAAUUUGCCAAAAAUUUCUCAGGAAUCGCUAUUUGACAAAUGUCUAAUUGAGAAUGAAGAUGGACAAGCGCAAAACGAUUACGAAAAAUGGUUGGACGAAACUGCCCCAGCUAAUGACACCAAUCUCAUGGAUAAUCUUGAAGAAGCGAUCAAUUUUAUUGUACUAUUGGCAUCUAAACCAGAGGCAGACUCCAGCGAUUUCGAUGAAAUGCAAGCUAUUUCAGUAGUACAAUUUUUACGCACUAUUAAAACACCUACUGGUCAAUAUGAACCUAACAAUCUACGAUUGAUGGAGUAUAUUGACAAAAAAGGAGAAGAAUUUCACAAAAAAUAACCUAAUUUUAAAUAUACGAUAACAUUUAACACAACAAAA